AUGCCUGAACACCCAUGCACUGCCUUUACCUUUGAUUAUCUCAACACGUUUCACCUCCUUACACUGCAGGGCAAGAUCAAUUUGUAUGAUUAUUACAAAGCAAUCCUAUGGAAGACAGACAAUGUGGCACUACAGAAACAAGUGUAUCACUGGAACAAGGCCUCAAUGGUGAUUUAUCAGUGGCAGCAUCUGAAGAUGCUCAAGAAGGCUGGAAGAGGGCACGAUCUCACUGGUAUUGAAGCCACAAAGAUGGCUGAGAAACUGAGUCCGAAGAGACCAGAUGGGCGAAUUGAUCCUGAGCUAGGCUCUGGCUGGGCGUAUUUUGUCAUGAAGAAUGCAUAUCAGGAUUAUCUGAAAAUGUGUAAGGAUCAGCGCAAGAUCACGAUGUGCAAGUUGGAACUCAAUGCUGUCAAGCAGGCCUACAGUAAAGGGACAAACAGCAGCCUCAGCAUGACCGGCAUCCUAGGUAAGGGGGAGAGGUACUGCAAUGUCGACUACACCAUAUUGUCAGUGCUCAAAGCCAGCUGCAAGACACAAGAGCAGAAAGCUGUGCCCGACCUCAAUUUUUCUCAUGACAUUGUGUGCAACUGGUAUAAGAAUUUCUACAAGUGGCUCAAUGAUAUGCCCAAUGAUAUGCAGAUCCUGGAUGAUGUCGAUACACAUGCCAUGAUUCCUAAAGCCCAUACUGAAGGCCACAGAGCAAAGUGUUGA